AUGCUUCGAGCUGCCGGUAUGUUCAACGCAAAACCAUUUCUCGCCGACCUUGAGAAGAACUCCCUUGGGCUUGACAUCAUCAACGAUGACUUCAGACAUUAUGCGGAUGAGGUCCGUCUCCUAUCUUUCUACGAGACCCUCAAACUAAACCUUGGGGUUCAAUCCGCGUUGAUUGUUGAGAAAGACUCCGCCUCCAUUGGCCUCAAGCACGAACGCAUACAACCGCUCAACGCCGACCAUCGAACGGUUUGCAAAUUCGACAGCGUGUACGACUCAAACUACAUCAAAGUGAAAAAUGCCCUAGCAAGUAUCGUGGAGGAUAUACUUGGCGAUACAUUAGCCAGGAAUGAUGACGAAGAGCGUGCUCAAAUCUCAGCUCUACAAACUUACCUCGAUGUGAUGGAUAGGCCUAUCGAUGAGCUCAACAAUGAGCAGGACAAUCAAGUCUCGGGGUCUUGCUCUUGGAUCGAGAAGCGUGAUGGCUUCCAGUCAUGGUUUGGAACGCCUUCGCCAUCAGUGCCUUUGUACUGGAUUUCCGCCCAACCAGCAACCGGCAAAACCGUGUUAGCGGGCCAUGUCAUCACGAAACUCCAAGCCGAGGGUCGGGAUUGUAGCUACUACUUCUUUAAACACGGACAAAAGGGAAGAAACACUUUGAGCGCAAUGCUACGAUCUAUGGCACUUCAGAUGGCCUUCAUACACCCGACGGUUCGCAAGGAGCUGUACGAUCUGCAAGAGCACAGUCUAGCUUUCGAUAAAGAUGACGAGAGGGUUGUCUGGAGGAAACUGUUCGUUGGGUCUGUGUUCAAGCUCAAUCUCGGAAGGCCGCAAUAUUGGGUUGUUGAUGCUUUGGAUGAAUGCAUCGACCCAAUGAAGCUAUUCCCAUUACUUUCGCGGAUAGAGUGUAGAUACGAUCUCCAGAUACUUAUCACCAGCAGAGGGCCUUGGCCUGAUUUCGAACGACAAUUCGCCCGUCUCGGUCGUCGAGGCGUGACCGAUACUAUUCCUGUAGAAGAUACAACGCACGACAUCAGACUGUUCUUCGAACAGAACAUGGACCAGCUCCCAGUUGAAGAAGAAGCCGACAGGCGACAUCUUGUAGAGAAGCUAGUGACCAAAUCGGCUGGCUGUUUCCUGUGGGCACGCUUGGUGUUACAAGAGCUUCAAUCAAUAUACAGCGAAGAGCAAGUUGAAGAGGUUAUCGAAGAACUACCUAUCGAGAUGAGUCUUCUGUACGAACGGAUCCUUGGCGAAAUGUCACGAAGCGUACGUGAAACACGCCUCGCCAAAACACUCCUCGCUUGGGCCAUUUGUGCGGUACGCCCUCUCCAUACUUCCGAACUCACCAAUGCUGUCAAGAUAGACGAGGGUAUGAGCGUGCGAAGCCUGGAGAAGUCUGUCCAGGGUCUCUGCGGCCAGCUUCUCCAUGUCGACAAAACUGGAUACGUGCAAGUGUUGCACAUGACGACGCGUACGUUUCUCACUGAUGGGUCCUUGGAUUCCGAGUUUGCGAUAUCCAAGGAAGAAGGAAAUAAACGCCUGGCACUUACCUGCCUCAACUACUUAUGUGGUGAAGAGAUGCGGUCGCCUCGCAACAGGACCAUUAUCAGCAUCUCACGGGGUGCUAAGAGUCCCAUUGCCGAGUACGCAUGUGUUUCGUUUUCCGAACAUCUGGCGAUGGCAUCGUCUUCCGACACUGCUCUCUUUGCAGCACUCGAAAAGUUCCUGAGAUCUAACGUCUUGACGUGGAUUGAGUACAUCGCGAAGAGCAAGAAGAACCUUUACCAUUUGACAAGAACGGCUAAGAACCUGCAGCGAUAUCUUGGCCGUAGGGCCAAACAUACACCGCCGCUUGGUGAAGCAUAUCGAUACGUCAAUCAAUGGGCGACAGACCUAGUGCGACUUGCUGCUAAAUUUGGGCGUAAUUUGCUAGACAACCCGGACUCAAUCUACUAUCUAGUGACGCCGUUAUGUCCACGAGACUCCGCCAUUCAUCAGCAAUUCGCAGACUCUCACAGUGGUCUGACCAUCGCUGGGGUAGGGAAAAGUGCUUGGGAGGACUCUAUAUCCUACAUGGAUUUCCGCCAGAACCGCGCAAUGUCUGUUGCUGCUGGUGACUAUUCGUUCGCCAUCGGUACUAAAUCUGGACAAAUAUUUCUCUACUGGCAGGGUACCUGCCAGGAGAGAAUGUCACUCAACCACGGAGAAUCAGCGAAGGUUCUGCGCUUCGACAACAGCCAUCGACUCGCCUCCGCAGGUGCCCACAUGGUUCGUCUCUGGGAUCUCAACAGCGAGAUGCUAGUAUGGAGCUACAACAUCAAAGACAGCCCUGCUCUACUUCAGUUCGCGCCCGACGACAGCUUCUUGCUAGUAGCAACUAGAAGCAGUCAUAUCAUUACACUAGGCUGCGACGACGGAAGCACACUUCGCGAUCAGUCUUUCCUUAGCCGGCAGGCACCACUAGAUAUCGCUAUCUCUCCAGACUGUAAGAUGGUAGCAUUCGCCUACCGAGGUAAAGCCGUACUUCUCUGGAGCUUGGACAACGAUCGCUUAUUGGGCGCUUGCGGAGGAGAAGCUGACUCCUCAGCAAUGAUCAGCAACUCUUCCCCACAACGUGUCAUCUUCAACUCCAAUCCUGCCGUUGAUUUGGUAGUAGUGACUUUCCAGAACGGCAACAUGGUGCUAUACGAAACCUGGAGCCAGCGAGCUGUCAAGGCUGUCCAGCAAGACUGUCAUUACAUGGCUUGUUCGCCGGACGGUCGCACGCUUGCAACAGGAUCCAGCUGGGGUGUGCUCGGACUGUGGGAUUUCGAAACUCUCACAUUACUAUGCCAGAUCAAUACGAGAGAAACUCUAGGAAAAGCCUUGUCGUUUACAGCGUGUGGAACUCGCAUCAUCGAGCUACGCGAUCGCAAAACCAAAGUCUGGGAGCCCGCCGUCCUCAUUCGUAAAGCUGGCGAAGAGGACUCAAGCAUCAGCGAAUCCGUGACCUUGCCCGCGCUGGUAGUCGGUGAAGGGGAGGAGGACAUCGUGCCAAUCACAGCCACUUGUGUUCACCCAACUCGCGAUGUCAUCCUUGUAGGCAAAGAUGAUGGCUCAGUGAACUUCUACUCGGGACGUUCAGGAGAGCUACAAAGUGUGGCGUACUCUCACCAGCAAGAUAUCUUUGUGAAGAUGAUUGCAGUCAGCGCUGGCGACGUGGUCGUCACUCAAGAUGCGAGCAACGAGGUUAUGGCUUAUGCAUUGGAGGGUGGGCAGGACGACCAACUGAAAGUAACCGAGAAGCUGAUGAAAACUCGCUUCGAAGAGCCAGCCCAACAGCUCCUACUGAACGAAGCGGGUGAUAGGCUUCUUAUUUCGACUGCCACCGCCGACCAAUUAUGGGUACGAAGCGCCAACAACGGCUUUCAGCAAAUGAAGGUUCUAGAAUCUUCGCCUAGAUCUAUAUGGAAAUGGAUGUCCUCCAUCAGAAUACCAGACACACUCAUUCUGGUUGUGGAUGAGACUAUCCGCCGAUUUAGCUGGGAGACGCUGGACGAACUAGCUACCACGGGUCCUCCGCGCAAAAUCGACAUCGGCACAUCAGUCCUCACUGGAACCGAUCUCACCCUCAAGGCCCUUGCUACCGACAUUUCAGGCUCCAAUCUCGUCGCCGAGUUCGCGCACAAACUCGGUUCAAAAGCAACGGAACGUCUCGCAGUCUGGCGGGCCGACGCCAUCGAAUCUCAAAGCGAAGGCGCAAGUACGGAACCCACUCUUCUUCUUUCUUCCGCCAUCAUCAAGCAUUUUCUGGGCACGUUCGAGCAUAGUAUUGUUUUUCUCGACCAUCAUCUUUGGGUCUGCUCGAUUGAUCUCGCGAGCUUGUCAUUGACUCGUGGAGACGAUGUCAAGGAAUUGGUGAAGAAGCAUUUCUUCAUUCCUUUGGAGUUUUUGGGCGGUAAUGAGGGUAAUAUGGGUUCGUUAUCGAGGAAGGGUGAUGUUGUCUUUCCGAAGGAGGGAGAGGUUGCUGUGGCUAGGGAUGGUUUGAAGUGGUCGCUCUGA